AUGUCGUCUUCCGGCGUCGCCAUCCUCAGCCCUCUGCUGGAGCGCCAGGUCGUUCACGUCUCCCGGUGCCUACCCCUGCUGGAACCGCUGGAUUCGGUUCUUAUUUUUGUUACGAUGCCUGGCAUGGCACCCAUGCCAAUGCGUGUCCUGGGGUCUGAAUCCAUCGCUUCAGUCAAGCUCCGUAUCCAGAGGACCAAGGGCUUCGUCGUGACAAAGCAACGGCUGGUGUUCGCCGGACACGAGUUGUCACAAAGAAACUCCCAUGUCAGGGACUAUGGACUUGCUGACGGGAACGUUCUCCACCUUGUCUUCCGGCUGGCUGACCUCCGCACAAUCACCGUCGAGACCGACAGCGGGGAGAAAUUCAUCUACCAGGUGGAGAGCAGCAGCAAGGUUGGGCAACUCAAGAACAAGGUCGCAGCUGAGACCGGGGAGGAACUCGAGGACCAAAGGCUGGUGUGCGAUGGCGAGGAGCUUGAGGACAACCAGCUGAUCACCGACAUCGGUAGCAGCAACGGUGGUGGUGCUGCUGCUGUGAUCAACUUGUACAUCCGCGCACCGGCGAGGAUGAAAACUCAGCAGGUUGAUAACGACACUGUUGUUACAGUCGUUAACUCCGAAGAGAAUGAUAACCUCCAGAUAGAUGCAUUGUCCCUCCCAAAACCAGCUUGUGGCGGACGUGCUUUGGUUGAGCCCAUCAUUGUUAACGAGAAGGUAAAGCUGUCUCCUGCCAUCAUGGAAAUGAUCGGCGCAACAAUGGCUGGUCUGGACAACGGGCACCUUCCUCUGAUGUCGACCGAGGGUUCCGGGGGAGUCUAUUUCAUGCCGGAUCCCUUGGGCCAGCGCAACGUCGCAGUUUUCAAGCCUAUCGACGAGGAACCGAUGGCAGAGAAUAACCCUAGGGGGUUUCCUCUGUCAGUCGAUGGCGAGGGGUUGAAAAGAGGGACACGGGUAGGGGAAGGUGCAUUGAGGGAGGUUGCAGCGUAUGUUCUCGACCAUCCUGUUGAUGGGUCCAAAUCUUGUGAUUCUAUUGGAUUUUCGGGCGUACCUCCCACAGCGUUGGUCCAUUGUUUGCACAUGGGUAAAGGGUUUAAGAUCGGAUCACUGCAAAUGUUUGUGGAGAAUCAUGGAAGCUGUGAGGACAUGGGCCCUCGAGAUUUCCCCGUUCAGGAGGUUCAGAAGAUUGCCGUGUUAGAUAUCAGGUUAGCGAAUGCCGAUCGUCACGCUGGCAACGUGCUAGUGUGCCGAGAUGCAGAAGAUGACCUGAAGUUGGUGCCGAUUGACCAUGGGUACUGCUUGCCGGAAAAGUUUGAAGAUUGUACCUUCGAGUGGCUCUACUGGCCCCAAUCCCGCGAGCCCUUCAGUGAUGAAACCACAUCAUACAUUGCAUCGCUAGAUGCUGGCAAAGACAUCGCGCUUCUCAAGUUCUAUGGUUGGAACCUGCCUCCCCAGUGCGCCCGAGUUCUGUAUAUCAGCACCAUGCUUCUGAAGAAGGGCGCGCAGAGGGGCCUCACGCCUUAUGACGUGGGCAGCAUCAUGUGCAGGAAAACUGUCAAGAGGGAGUCUGGAAUCGAGGUCAUCAUCAACGAAGCGGAGGAUGCUGUGCUUCCAGGAACUAGCGAAGAAACUUUCAUGGAGGCCGUAUCGGAGGUCAUGGACCGUCACCUUGAUGACAUGCUGUCAAAGCUUAAGCAGAACAAGUGA